GAAAACCAAAAUGGCGGCGAUGUGGAAAAUAUUUCUAAGAAGUAAAAAUGCUGGAAUUUUUUCUGUAAUCCAUGAUUGGAGUAAGAUCGCUGCCUGCAGAAAGUUUUGUUUGCCAAACAGUUCCAAGUACAGUACAGAAAGUGCGACAUCAGCGGCAGAAGAAUUCAGCCUUCGGUAUUUAGAUGGUAAACACGAAGGAAUUGCCUUGUUUGUAAUGAACAGACCAGAAGCAAAAAAUGCCAUGAGCAAGAAUUUCCUAAGACUGUUUACAGAUGCCCUUACUUGUGUGAAGUUUGACAAGAAUGUUAGAACUGUCAUCAUCAAGAGUGAUGUGCAAGGUAUUUUCUGUGCAGGAGCUGAUCUCAAAGAGAGAGCUAAAAUGGCAGCACAUGAGGUUGGACCAUUUGUAUCCAUGGCUCGUGCAGCAAUAAUGGAACUAAACAACCUACCAAUGCCUACAAUUGCUGCUCUUGAUGGCCAUGCCCUAGGUGGUGGGCUUGAAAUGGCCCUGUCAUGUGACUUUAGGAUUGCUGCUAGUAAUGCUAAAGUGGGGCUGACAGAAACACGUUUGGCAAUUAUUCCUGGUGCAGGAGGGACUCAACGUCUACCAAGGUUAAUAGGCAUCUCAAAAGCCAAGGAGAUGAUUUUUGCAGGCAAAAUGAUCAGUGGCACAGAAGCUGAAGAAAUAGGUUUAGCUGAUUAUGUUGCAGAACAAACUGAAACCGGUGAUGCAGCAUAUCAGAGAGCCCUUGUUCUAGCUGAAGAAUUUCUUCCCCGAGGACCUGUUGCUGUGAGAAUGGCCAAACUAGCAAUUAACAAGGGAAUUCAAGUUGACCUCACAUCUUCCAUGUCAUUUGAAGAAGGUUGUUAUGCUCAGGUUAUACCAACCAAAGACAGACUUGAAGGUCUGAAAGCAUUCAAAGAGAAAAGAACACCACAGUACACAGGGGAAUGAAACAAAUAACAUGGAAGAAAAGCAUGGACAUGAUGAAGUUAAUGCACAAGGAAACAAAACCAAGACUCUGGUUAACCCUUUGACACUAAGAGUGACUCGCAUCUAAUUUCUCCUUACAAUACCACCCCUGAAUCAAGCUUUAAGGUCAUGAGAAUAAAGGAAAUGAUCAACAACUAAAGAAGCUCUUGAUUCUGAAAUAAAUUCUCCUUGUCAGCACCUUACGAAAUAUAUAGCAAACUGUAUGGAGAAAUUGCACGCUGAUGUACACUCUCCCUUUAUCUGCCCAUAAUAAAACAACUGUCUUACACAUUCCUGGUGGAAAUCACUAUGAACUACUAAUGUAUAUUUUUUUUUAUUUAAUUCAAGGAGAAUUAUUUAACUAAAUAACAUCUUUCCUUGAAAAAGCACUUCUGGCCUAUUAAAAAUUUUGGCUAAAAGGAGGGGCAUUUAUUGGAGAGAGGGCACUUGUUAUUUUCCUGUAUUGUAUCUGCUGCAGGUUAAAAAUGAUAUGAAGUGGCAAUAGAAACAGGUUUUUCUUGUAUCCCUACUCUUUAAGAAAGUAAAGGGGGGGUGCUUGUUUGACAUUAUUGCUUGGGGGGAGGGGGUAGGCGCUUAUUAGAGCAUGGGUGUUUAUUCAAGGAAAUAUGGUUUAACUUUUAUCAAUCAUUUAAUAGUAUGAGUAAAUUUUAGCAGUUCAUGUUAAAAUUGCUCUCAUCUUAAGGAUCUUCUUUUAUCAGAUUUUCUCUCUUUUGAUGACAAGUAUUCUGAUCUUUUUCCACUCAUGUUGGACUUGAUAAUGUGAUUGACCUGUUCCACUAUUUCCCCUGCAAAAAAAAAAAAAAAAAAUAUUUAUUUUUAAUUUAUUUUGUAAUACCCUCCAAUAACACAGCACCACAGUUUCUUUACAAACUUACUCCCUGUGGACCAUUUCUACGUUCAUAAUAUAGUGAGUAUUUUGUGUUUUGUUCAAACACCAGUGACAGAUUUUUCCUGAAAAAUUAUGCAAAGAAAGGACAGAAAAUGUCUCACCUGCGUCAUCAGCCUCAGUUUCAAAGUCAUAAUGUUUAAACUCAUGUGCGUUUUGACUGAAGUAAACUAUUCUGAACACCGAUUUGCCAUUACUCUUCACCUCAACUGGGUCACAAGCAACCACAUUUUCCAUAUCUAUUGAAGUCUUAAGAAAAAAGAAAAGAUAGUUUUACAAGUUAGUAUUAAAAGGAAAGAGUAAAAGGAGAGAGUUACCUGGGGAGAGAACUUGAGUUAGUUAACCCUUUCGCUCUCAUGAUUUCAAUAGUAAUUCUCCUUACUGUCUGCCAUACAAUUCUUAUGAUGUUAAUUCACAGAAUUUGGCACUGGAUCAACUAAUAAUCCCCUAAUUGAAAUUUUUUUCUUUAUCCUCAUCACUUGUCUGCUUGAUAUUGUAUUGGGUAAUGAACUGACAAAAUACUGU